AGUUGCCGUUGUUGGAGCAGAAGCAGAACUACUGGUAGCGUCUUGCAUACCGCAAGCAGAAGAGAAGUAGUAGCAAAUACGAACAGCAGAUUUGCGCCAUGAAGGAGACGACAACCAGUCCUAAGGUGCACCAGUUCCACGCGAAAACCCGUCUGUUGUUAUUCCUCGUGCUGUACGUCUUCAUCACCACUCUGACUGUUGUGUGGUCGAUCGGAAAUGUGAGAAACUGGGCGCCAUCGCCCCUAGUGAGCAACAGCCGAACACUCGAGACGAACUCAACGGGCGGAACAAGUACAACCGUGGUGGGACAGGGCUGGACAUUGGGUAACGCCUCGGACCAAGGACCUCAUGCUGCCCCUGGAACAAUUACAAUACUCACAACCAACACAACUGUGGUGGGACAGGACCGGACUACCGGCAUUAUCAUGGGCCAAGGAGCUCAUGGAGGGAUUGAAACACUUACGACAAGCAGAGAGAGCGCAGCGGCCACAAUGAACACAACGGUUGGGAAGGAGGCUGAGACCACGGGUACUAUCUCGGGCCAAACAGCUGAUGCCACCAAUGAUAGGCCAAGCACCUCAACCAAGUAUCUGCGUUACAACUUGAAGUGGUACAACAAAAGCCUGCUUAAUAAAUCUGUGAACGCCAGUUACCACAUAUGGUUCCUCGAGACAUCCAGUCGACGGAAGCUGAAGGCGCGGCAAGCCUGCAGUGUCGAGUCGGCUUGCCGGCACAACAGCGACUUCACCGUACAUCUGCUGUCAAACGGAAACAUCAGCUCCUCCGACUGUCCUUACCACGACGCACUUUCGAAAAUACCUAAUUUCCGGUCUGCGGUGUUAAAUGCGAGUGUCAUACUCGCCGAUACUCCGCUGGCACCUCUUCAAGCCAAGGAAGGGCCGCUCACUCGAAGCAGCUAUGCUACAGAACACCUGAGUGACUUUCUGCGCCUCGCCAUGCUUUGGAUCCACGGUGGUAUAUACAUCGACUUAGACGUCAUCGUAAUGAAGUCACUGGAAGGAAUAAGGAAUACCGUCUUCUACGAGAGUGAGCAAUAUAACAACUUGGCCACCACUGUACUAUUCUUCGACAAGCAUCAUCCCGCCCUCGGAGCGCUUAUGGAUGAGACGGCGCGCAUGUACCGCCCUGCUACAUGGAGGACUGUACCUGAGGCGGUGGAAACGCUUCUUUCAGACGCUGUAUUUUCUCGCAUCGUAAAUAUUGCAAGUUCGUCAGCAUUCUUGCCUGUUUACUAUCCAGGCUGGAAGACGUUGUUCGAUCCUAAGGAUGCGUCAGAUGUACUAAAGACUAUAAAUGGCAGCUACGGCGUCCACUUCUGGAACAGUAUCAGCAAAGGGGAGCGAGUGGUGCCGGGGUCUGGCUGUGCGUUGGACCUCCUCGCUCGUGCCCACUGCCCCGAGGUGCAUAGAUUAGCGCUUUCUGAUGGGGACUUUUGAUGCCAGCGCAUUCUGUGCCUCCUUAGGGACGCCGUUAGGAUGAUUUUGUUGUUAUACUCUUCUGGGACAGGGCACAGUUGCUCGUUCACAGCACACAAUGACAUACAGUAAUACAUUGUGGUGCAGUGCAUGUUUGCCCAUGUAAAACACCUAAUAAAGUGGCCGUUGUAAUUUACCUCCGUUGAAA